AUGUUCUCCGCUGCUCGUCAAUCCGCCCUCCGCACAGCUCGCACACGGCUUCGGCAGUCGCAACCCACGGUCGUACCCCAAUACUCCGCCUUCGCACGGUUAGCGUCGACGUUUGCCAUUCUCGAGCAGAAGGAAGGAAAGAUCGUGUCACAGUCAUUGGCCGCCAUCACAGCAGGGACAAAGCUUGGAGGCUCAAUAACAGCCUUCAUUGCUGGAAGUGGGGUCAAGUCGGCCGCAGAUGAGGCAGCCAAGUCAAAAGGUGUAGAGAAGGUCAUCUACGUCGAGAAUGGAGCAUACGACAGGUGUCUCCCUGAGAACUAUGCGCCACUCCUGGUCGAGAACAUCAAGAAGGGUGGUUACACACAUGUCGUUGCCGGUCACUCGGCGUUUGGAAAGAACAUAAUGCCGCGUGUCUCAGCACUUCUGGACACACAGCAAAUAUCAGACAUUACCGGCAUCGAGAGCGAGGACACAUUCGUUCGCCCAAUCUACGCCGGUAACGCCAUUAUGACCGUCCAAUCGUCCGACAGCACCAAAGUCAUCACCGUCCGAGGCACCGCGUUCCCCGCGCCUGAAACCGAAGGCGGAAACGCGACAGUAGAGGAGGGCGUCGACCCCAAGGCCGAAUGCUCAACAGAGUGGAUAUCCGAGGACCUCCAAAAGUCCGACCGUCCCGAUCUCGGCUCUGCAGAGAAGGUCGUCUCCGGAGGCCGUGGUCUGAAAUCAAAGGAGGAGUUUGACAAGCUCAUGCCACCGCUAGCAGACGCGCUCGGUGCCGCCAUCGGUGCAUCAAGAGCAGCAGUCGACAGUGGCUUUGCAGACAACAGCUUGCAAGUGGGCCAGACAGGAAAGAACGUUGCGCCACAAUUAUACCUGUGUGCUGGUAUCUCUGGUGCUAUUCAGCAUCUGGCUGGUAUGAAGGACAGCAAGGUCAUUGCAGCCAUCAACAAGGAUGCCGAGGCACCCAUUUUCCAGGUCGCGGAUGUUGGUCUUGUUGGAGAUUUAUUCGAAAAGGUCCCAGAGCUGACCGAGAAGCUCAAGUCGCAAUAA